AUGUAUACUUCUACGGGUAUCACCUUUUCUCUCGGCGCACUCCUCGCCACUGGAGCCGCCAACGCCCAGUACAGCUUGAGUGUCACCUACGACGCCAGCAAUUUCUUUUCCAGCUUUGACUUCUUCACCGACUCGGACCCAACAAAUGGGUUUGUUCAGUAUGUUGAUGGCAACACAGCCAACUCCCUCAACCUUACUUCAACCUUGACGGGAUCGAUAAUUAUGGGUGUCGACUCGACGGAAUUAAACCCGGCCAACGGCCGCAAGUCAGUCCGCGUGACAUCGCAGCAAUCUUUCAACCAUGGCCUAUUUAUCGCCGAUAUUGCUCACAUGCCAGGUAGCAUCUGCGGAGCCUGGCCCGCCUUCUGGAUGGUUGGCCCUAACUGGCCAAACGCGGGCGAAAUAGACAUCAUCGAAGGCGUUAAUACCCAGACGUCUGAUUCCAUUACUCUGCAUACUUCUGCUGGCUUCUCUGUCAGCAACGAUGGAUCCAGCUCGGGUACUCAACUGCUCGGCAGCGAUUGUGAGGGCAACUCUGGAUGUAGCCAGACUACCUCGGACAAUCAAAAUUACGGAGAUGGAUUCAAUGCCAUCAAUGGAGGCGUUUACGCUACUGAGUGGACAUCCGACCACAUUGCUGUCUGGUUCUUUCCCCGGACUAAUAUUCCCUCUGAUAUCAGUGGCGGGAACCCCAAUCCUAGCGGAUGGGGCAGUCCUUUGGCACAGUUCAAUCCUACCGACGGCAGCAGCAUUGAUGACCACUUCCAGAACAACCAGCUUGUCUUUGACACUACCUUUUGCGGCGACUGGGCUGGCUCUUCCAAUGUUUGGAACUCUAACUCUGAAUGCUCUGCCUUGGCCAGCACGUGCCAGGAGUACGUCUCUAACAACCCUGCGGCCUUUGUGGAUGCUUUCUGGAGUGUCAACUCUAUCAAAGUCUAUGACCAGGCUUCCAACGCUACUGUCAAGGCUACUGGCCCAAGGAGAUCUGUUAAAUUCAGGGCUUAA